AUGGGAAACACAAAAGAAUCUUCAGAGGACCAAGACCUGGCAGAGUUGCGCCGCAAUUUAGCCACUGGCAACCAGAAGGACGCUGGAGAUGCUAGCUCCACUAUUCCUUCCGUAGUAUGCUACUGUCUAGCGUCAAUUAUGAUGACAGUCGUGAACAAGUUCGUAGUGUCUGGGAGUCAGUUCAACAUGACUUUUCUGCUGCUAUCAAUGCAGAGUGUAGUCUGCGUUGCGUGCGUGAUUGCAGCUAAGAAGUCGGGUAUAAUAUCAUUCCGUGAUUUCGACAUGCAAGAUGUCAAAGCAUGGUAUCCUAUCAGCUGUCUGCUGGUCGGUGUAAUCUAUACCGGCUCGAAAAGUCUGCAAUACCUCAGUAUACCCGUUUAUACCAUUUUCAAGAAUCUGACGAUCAUACUCAUUGCAUACGGGGAAGUCCUGUGGUUCGGCGGACGAAUUACAGCACUUACAAUGGUAGCCUUCAUUUUUAUGGUGUUAUCUUCUAUAUUGGCUGCGUUGACGGAUGCCAACAAUGCCGUAGGUGGGACCGCGACCAUUCCACCAGCGAGCGCCGCCAUGGGAAUUGGUUUAGACAUGAUGUCAAACGUGGUUUCUAGACUAAAUGCGGGGUACGUAUGGAUGUUUGUGAACUGUCUGAUGAGUGCUGCCUACGUUCUUCUGAUGCGCAAGCGCAUAAAAGUCACCGGCUUUUCUGAUUGGGAUUCGAUGUUCUAUAAUAACUUGUUAUCUAUCCCCAUCUUGGCUGUGUUUUCCAUUAUCGUGGAAGAUUGGGGUUCAGAGAACCUCGUUAGAAACUUCCCACCCGAGACGCGCAACGUUCUUUUGUCCGCUAUUGCAUUUUCAGGUGCGGCUGCAGUUGGAAUAUCAUAUUCUACGGCAUGGUGUGUGCGCACCACGAGUAGUACCACUUACAGCAUGGUCGGAGCUCUCAACAAACUCCCUGUUGCGGCUUCAGGUAUGCUCUUCUUUGGUGAUGUAGUAACAAUAGGAUCGGUGUCGGCAAUCGGACUGGGGUUCUUUGCAGGAAUUGUAUAUGCGAUAGCGAAGAACAACCAGAAAAAGAUGGAGAGCCGGCCUCAAGCAAGCACUAUUAUACCGCUGUCGAACAGGUAG